AUGUGCGGCGCGAAUGACGCGGUGUGUCUGCAUGGAGACUGCGUCGUGGAAGCAGAGGAUGGAGCCGCGUAUGAGCGUUGUCGGUGCUACGCAAUGUACGACGGCGUACAGUGCAGCUUCAGGAGGGAGCUGCUGUACUGGGAGCUGCCGCUGGCAAUCGCGAUGAUGCUCGUCUUGCUGGGCGUCGGAGCGUUCGUGACUGGCAGGGCAAUCGAGUGGCUGCGAUUUCCACAGGCCAAGCAGGACACCUUUGCAUUCCCGAGAAGGUGGGAGAAUUUGACGGGGAAGUCAUUCGGGGCUCGUUUACUGCGAGGCAAGUGGAGUGGGCCGACUCGCAAGGGGCUGCCGACCAAACCGGCUAGGCACCACAUCAUUGAGAAUAUCUUCGUUGUCAUUGCAACAUUCAUGGAGCUCGUACAGUGGGUGCAACUGACAGCACUGUCGUUUUUGCCUGUGGUGCCCUGGCCCAAAUCAAGUCGAGGCGUCGCUGAAAUACUGCGGCUUUCGCUACUGUACCCUCUGUGGAGCCAUCUUGAACCAAGUGAGUUCCCGAGAUUUAUGCUGUACCUGUCGCUUGGGUUUGUGCCUGGAGUUUUGCUGUUUUCGUUCAUCCUCGGCGCGAAGAGAUUUCCGUUAUUCAAGCCGCAGCCGAAGAAUUCACCUGCUGAAGGCCUCUGCACUCUGGUGCUGCGACUGUACUGUGAAUGGCUCGCGUUACCGAUGAUGAUCGGGCUGCUACUUCCACUGGAGUGUGGUAUCAUCGGAUACCGCAAAACGGAAGGGUCUGGCAUGACGCUGCCUACAUUGGAUAGCUCUUCUGUCAUCGCGAUUCAGCUGAACUGUGAGGCGUCUCCACCUGAACCAACGCUUUGGACGCACGUACGCUAUACUCGCGUUGCACAAGUGUUAAAAGCACCCUUGGCCAUGGUACUAUCUGAGUCUUGUCAAAAUUUCUUUCGUCGAUUGGGGCCGGCACGUCUGACUAUCGUGUGCUUCAUUCCGUAG